AUGUUUUUCACAAGUGAAUAUAAAAGUCGACAGUUGGUCACUUCCGUUUGGCCACUGUUCUUUCUUGCUUUAAUGGUCCAUCCAAUUUAUUCUGAAGAAAUAUUUCAAUCUCGAAUAGUAUACUAUCCUAUUGGUACUCAAUAUUCUCCAGUCAAUCAAGCAGCACAAUUACUUUCGACAAUCAUCACAAAUUCAUUGAAGGCAUGUGCUAUUGCAUGUAAUCAAAAUGUUUUAUGCCGAAUUAUUGAGUAUGAUAUAUCUGCAUCAGAACAAUGUCGAUUGUUUGAAGGUGAUAUAGAUACAACGGGAAGUAUUAUCACAUUACCAUCACAGUCAAGAGUUGGUGUUGUUCAAAUAUCAGCGAGUUUGUUUUCACAACAUGGUUUUUCAUGUGGUACUAGUUGUCAAGAAAAUCGCUAUCUUACAUGUCAAAAUGAUUCAACAUGCCAAUGCAUGCCACAUACUUAUUGGAAUAAAACAGCAUCGAUAUGCAUGUCACAAUCAUCUCUACUUGGUGCACCAUGUCAACAAAAUAUGAGCAUGUGUCGAGAAGAUCUCGGUUAUAGCUGUUUGCCAACCAAUCUGUGUGGAUAUGCCACGAUCGAAACUACUACAUCAAUUGUUUCUACAAAUCUAGUUACAAGUAUGAGAAGCUCAACAAUGGUCGUAACCACGGAAUCUAAUACAAAUGCAGCAUAUGAAAUAACAAGUACUUCUCCAAGUAUUUCGAUUCAAACGAGUGCAUCUACAACCUUAGCAAAUCAUGUGACAACUGAUGUUAGCUUAGCAUCACCUACCACAAAACAAUCAACUGAAAUCUCGACAGAUACAAUAACAAGUACCUCUUCAACUGCUGAAUUUCGGAUCGGUAUCACAGUUGCUGGUUAUGACAAUAUGUCGGCUGGCGAUGAUGCUCUAGGACUAAGUGCACCACGUGGUAUAUAUGUUUCACCACUCAAUGAAACUCUUUACGUCUGUGAUUCGAAUAACUUUCGAGUGCAACGCUUUCACUUCGGUAGUCGUCUAGGAGUUACCGUAGCUGGAGGGUUCGGCACUCCACAGCGCAAUAUUAUAAUGAACAGAAUAUGGAACGUUUAUGUCGACAAUACUCAAAAUGUCUAUGUUGCUGAUCGUAAUCUUAAUCGUGCGACACGUUGGCCACCGAACAUUACUGUAAAUGUCACACAAGGUGCCAUCAUAUCCAGAGGUGUUGGUCUUUGGGGAAUAGCUUUCGAUCAGCAUGGUAACCUGUAUACUGCGUUAUUUGAUACGCAUGUUAUUGUCCUAAAUAAUGUUACAAUUAUCGGUGGUCAAUACAAUAUCAGCGGUAACUCAUCAACCAAGUUAAAUAAUCCACGAGGCAUCUUCUUCGACAACAAUUCUUCUUUAUUAUUUGUAUGUGAUAGUGCAAACCAUCGCAUUCAAAGAUUUCGAGUGAAUAGCACCGUAGGUGUGACAGUGGCUGGAGGAAACGGUCCGGGUUCAGACCCAAAUCAAUUAAAUUAUCCGAAUGCUAUUUGGGUAUCAUCCAAGACAGGAUUUAUGUACAUCGCUGACUCAAAUAACAAUAGGAUUCAGCGAUGGAAGAUAAACGAUACUCAGGCAGUUACAGUCGCUGGGACGGGAAUAGCAGGAAAUCUUUCUACCAUGUUUAAUUCACCUGUUGGAGUGGCACUUAACGCUAACGAAACCUUUCUUUAUGUUGCUGAUUCAAAUAAUAAUAGAGUACAAUGUUUCGACCUUACUGUGUAA